AUGCCCGAUGUCAUUGACCUGAUCUCUUCGGAUCCUCCGCUGCCAGACAAGCCACGGUUGCAACCACAGCUGCAACCGGUGCGGCAGCCGUCGCGUCCGAUCCCCACGCGACAGCCGUCCAAUUUGGGACUGAUUUCGUCAGAUUCAAUUGACGUCUCGCUUUUCAAUCACGAUGAUACCUUCGACGAGCCUGCGAGGAAACGAAGGCGCAGUGAUGAGAAUCGUUCGCCUCUCAGACAGACAACUACAUCAUGCCAAACAACACUCCCGGAGCGGCGUUCGUCGUGGCUAUUCUCGGACGAUGACUUUGGCCUCCCACCUUCAAACCCCGCAGUGCUGAAACGACAAGAACGCGACGUGGAAGAAUCAGACCCGAUUUUCUUCACUUCAUCGGCACCGCAACCUGUAUCUAAGCCCGGGCCGCCUGCACCACGAAAACCAAAUCACGAGCCUUACGACGUGAUUGCGCUUGAUGACGAUGACGACGCUUUCUUGAAACCCCCGGGAAAGAAUUCGAACACAAGCAAGCCUAGAAAGAAUCAGGACACAAUAGAGGAGUUCAGCGAUCCGUUCUCACUUCCUGGAUUUACAGACUUUCUUGAUGACCAGCCGGAGGCGCCAGUCUCCAAUUCCGUGUUUUCUAGCAAGACUGCCGAGCUACUCUCCAGCCUCAAAGUGAAUACUACACAGUCUAAACCAAAAACCACAUCCAACCCACAGAAGCAAAAAGGCGGUGCAGUGGGAGGUAUGUCACUUUCUGAUCUAUCUGACGGCGACGAACUGGAGGAACCUGUGGAGCCACGACGAGCGCCAGCAAAGAAAUCAAGCAAGCUUCCACCCGAAGAGAAAGAGGCCAGGGCAAAGGUGCGAGCUGAAGCCAAGGUGCAAAAGGAGUUGGAACGGGAAUUGGAGAAGAAGCGAAAGCAGAAGCUCAAAGAAGAAAAAGCAAAGGAGAAGCAAUUGGCGGCAGACAUUUCGGAGGUCAACAAGGCCAAAGUGGACAAGAAAGAUUCUACACCGGAAAUGAUCGUCGAUAUGGCCAGUUCUAUGGAGGAGAGCAGCGUGGGCAACCAGACCGUCGAGUUCAUGAAACGGCUGGGAGUUGAUCAUAAUUUCGUCUCGGCGCCGAUCUCUAAUGUGGUCAAAUGGCGCCGAAAAAGGAAUGCCAGAUACAACGAAGCCGCAGGCCACUGGGAGCCGUGCGCAUUCCACAUCCAGGAAGAGAAGCAUGUCUUGUGUUUGGUCCCUGCACAAGACUUUGUUGAUAUGGUUAUUCCAGCACCGGACGGCGAGGAAAGGGAGUCACUAGAACUCCAUGUUCUCCGGCUCAAAAGCGUUUAUCUAAAUUAUACGGUCAUCUACUUGAUUGAAGGCCUGACAGCUUGGAUGCGCAAAAACCGAAACUCUCGAAACAGGGCAUACCAGGCUGAGGUUCUGAGACAAUAUGAGCAACCUCCUAGUAGCGAAGGAUCCGGUACAGCCCGUGGUCGCAGCAGGAAGACCAAGAAUAAACCGGAGACUACUCCACCCGUCGACGAUGAUACGAUCGAAGACGCCCUUCUCGCCCUGCAAGUGACACACGGGUGUCUUAUCCACCACAGCAAUGCGGCACCCGAGUCAGCAGAGUGGAUCAAGAACUUCACGGAACACAUUUCCACGAUUCCAUACCGACGCCAACGCAUGGAAGGCAACGAUGCCGCAUUCUGCAUGGAUGUGGGACAGGUCAAAUCUGGCGAGGACAAACUCGACACUUUCGUCAAGAUGCUCCAGGAAGUCAACCGUGUGACUGCUUCGAUGGCGUACGGUAUUACAAACCAAUAUCCCAGCGUUACUGAUUUGGUCAGGGGCAUGCGUAUGCAUGGACCCACAAUGCUGGAAGAUGUCAAGAAAUCCGCGAAUAAAAAUGGCGCACUAACUGACUCGCGCGUUGGCCCCGCAGCCAGUAAGCGCUUGUACAAAGUGUUUACAGGAUUGGACCCGACAUCCACUGAUGUCUAG